ACAGGUGACUAUUUACAAAAGAAAAUGGCUUCGCAGCCUGUAGAAGCCCAAGGGCUGCAACAAAAGUCCAAACGACCUUCAGAUUCUGCCUUUAAACAACAACGUUUACCAGCCUGGCAACCUGUCUUGACCGCUGGUACUGUCCUACCAACAUUCUUCAUUAUCGGUAUACUCUUUAUACCAGUUGGUGUGGCCCUCUUAUAUUUUUCCGAUGAAGUUAGUGAACAUGUCAUUGAUUACACCGAUUGUCUUCAAGUUGGCCAAAAGAAUGUUACAUGUUCGUCUUAUCUGGAACAGAAUCCAAGUUCAACAUGCCAAUGUGAAAUAACAUUUACUCUAGAUAAAGAUUUUGUGGGAAAUGUCUACAUGUAUUAUGGUCUUAGUAAUUAUUAUCAAAAUCACAGACGAUAUGUAAAAUCACGAGAUGAUGAUCAAUUACUGGGUCGUUUAUCACAGACCCCAUCCACAGAUUGUGUACCAUUUGCCUAUGAUGAUGAUCCAAUAACUGGCGUUCAAUUGCCAAUUGCACCCUGUGGUGCUAUUGCCAAUUCACUAUUCAAUGAUUCCAUGUCAUUGGAGUUUAAUAGCAAACCAGUUCCUUUGUUGAAUACUGGUAUUGCAUGGCCAUCUGAUAAACAAGUAAAAUUCCGUAAUCCUCAAGGAAGUUUACAAGCUGCUCUGGAGCGUAAAUUUGCUAAGCCCAAGUUCUGGAGUAAAGAAUUGUGGGAAUUGGAUGAGGAAAAUCCCGAUAACAAUGGUUUUCAGAAUGAAGAUCUAAUUGUUUGGAUGCGUACCGCUGCUCUGCCCAGUUUUCGUAAAUUAUACCGACGCAUUGAUCACAGUAAGCCGAAUUUUGAAAAUGGCUUAAAGAGUGGUCAAUAUAAAUUAUCCAUAAAUUAUCAAUAUCCUGUAUCCGCUUUUAAUGGUUCCAAGAAAAUGAUCCUAUCUACAACAUCGCUAUUGGGUGGCAAAAAUCCCUUCUUGGGCAUUGCAUAUAUUGUUGUUGGCUGUAUUUGUCUUAUACUUGGCAUUGCUUUGUUGAUCAUACAUAUCAAGUGUAGUAAAAGGUUUGAUAUAUUACCAUGAAA